AUGCUGUCUGGAGCGGGGGCCGCCUUCGCACUGAGCGGAGGGGGCCGCGAGGAAGACAACCUCUCCAAGGCUGAGCAUAACCGCGCGGUACGCGAAGCGCUCAGACUGCAGGCUGAGGAAGAAGUGGCCAAAGCGGCCAAGAGGACCUUUUACCUCCGACGGUCUAACCCGUCGUCGGAGACGGAAAUCCAGCUGGUGGACUCGGGCUCAGAAGCCGUCUCACUUACGGCCGCAGAGCUCCACGAGAAGGCGACAGAGGCAAUUGGCAUCGUUCGCAACGUGGCUGUGAAAUCGGGACAACUGAAGGGUACGUUCGUUCGUGCCCUGAAGGAUGCCGCACAGCUACUCCAAGAGUCUCUGUCUGCUCUGCAUGCCACGUCGACCAACGACGAGACGCGCAAGCUGCGUGAGCAGAAUGCUCGCCAACAGGCGAAACUCGAUGCGCAACAGAAGGAGAUAGACGUGCUCCGAGAUGAGAUGCGCCAACUAAAGGCUUCGCUGGACUCAACCCAGAGACCGCCAUCGCCCACUCCCGAACCGCUCGCAGAGAGCCUGCGCCCGGAGCCGGCGUCUAAAGUUGUGCGCGCCAACGUACCCAGACGUGCAAAUCCGCCGCCAGUCACGAGCAGUAGAGCCGUGUCUGACAAAGAGGAAGACCUAGCCGCGCAGAUCAUAAGCCAGGUUGGCUUCAUGAUCGAUGCGAAGCUGGCAGGUCUGGAGGACCGGCUCCUGCCUCCGAAAGUGAUGCGUCCACCGCUGGCGGCGGAUCGGAAAAAAACGCACUCACAUCCGCUGCUGCCAGCGAAGGCGUCUGCUGCAGCGGCGAAGACUCCCGCCACAGCUGUGGCUAAAAAGGCGACUGCCACUGCGGCCACGACCGCUGGCACCUCACGUUCUGCCCCGACUGCGGCCUCGCAAGGUCCGACAGUGGUGGCCAGUAGCUCGGCCUCUGCGCCUCCGAAAAGAGGAAGACACGCGGAGGGAGGAACAAGAGGAAGAGGACAAGGACUGCCGGCCAGAAUGAUGCCCGUCCAAUGCCCCCUGGGCCUGAUGGCGCCCAGGCUGCGCCCACCGCGUACUGCUGCGGUGGUAGUGCAGCUGCAGCCGGCGGCUGCGGAGAGCGGGGCGAACUAUGCGGACAUCCUGAGGGAGGCCAAGUCCAAAGUGGACUUACAGAGCCUCGGCAUCUCUGGCCUCAGGAUCCGCAAAGCGGCAACCGGAGCACGUGUGCUGGAGGUUGCAGGCGCCUCAAGCGCCGAGAAGGCAGACUCCCUGGCUGCGAAGCUCAGAGAGUCUAUGAACGGAGACGUUGUUAAAGUCUCCAGACCCACAAAGUGCAUCUCGAUGCGCAUCGUGGGGCUGGAUGACUCCGUCUCCGUUCAAGAGGUGAUGGAGGCGGUGGCCAAGGCCGGGGGCUGUUCGGUCGACAGCAUUAAAGCGGGGGUCAUCCGCGAAGGUGCGGGCGGCAUGGGCUCGCUGAUGCUGAGCUGCCCCAUAGCAGCCGCUAAAAAAGUGGCUCAAGGGCGCCUCUUGGUGGGCUGGACUUCUGCCCAGGUCAGGGUGUUGGAGCCCCGUCCGCUGCGGUGUUUCCGGUGCCUCGAGGUUGGGCAUGCGCAUGCCCUGUGCAAGUCCGAGGCGGACCGGAGCACCCAGUGCUUUCGGUGCGGCCAAACUGGUCACCAGUCCGCUCAGUGCACCGCUACCCCGCAUUGCACUGUGUGUGAUGCGGCGCGAAGACCGGCGGAGCACAGAUUGGGCAGUUCAACAUGUACUGCCCAAUCCAAGAGCAAAAAGAAGGCUCGCAAUGGCCCUCAGGCCCCCUUGCGACCUUCCCACCCGCAAGCUGCGGGACGUGCCGGUGAAGCAAUGUGCACCAACUAA